CCGCAUCCGCCCCGACGCCGUCGUCACACCCCUCCGGCCCCUACCCCGCGGUGCAUAGUCAUCGCUCGUCCGGAAUACCUGCCAUUGGACAUCUACGACCUCGCCAGCGGUUAUCGCAAGCCCUCGCAACGACCGUCACAAUGUCCACGUCCGUCGGUGUCAACGUCCUCCGGUGGUCCGCCCUCGGAUUCGGUGUCUUCUACGGUGCCUACCACCAGCUUUCGCUAUCGGCAGCCGAUAGGGCAAAGGCCGCACAAAAGGAGUGGGAGCACAAGCAGGCGUUGAUCAGGCAAGCAAAGGAGCAAUGGGCACGAGACCACCCCUCAGAACAGCCAAAGUCAUCAGGAGCAAGCGUCGACCCGAAAGACCCCAACGCCGAUCUUCACGCACUCCUUGGCAUAACCGACAAAUAAGCGCAUUGGGAGAGGUCAUGUUUUCAUACGUUAGCAUGGACAUAAUGCGGCCGUCCCUUCGCCAAGCCGAGAGGCAGAUUGGUGGAAGGGCAAAAUACUAGUCAAGAGUGGUACGACAUCUACGAGAUAGCAAUCUCGCUGUACUCUGUACCUUUUUGUACAACAUAGACGUCGGGUUGAUCACGUUUUCAAUAUACAUGCUUCAGAGUUCAACGGUAGCAUAGACUUACUUUUUUUUGGUCUUGACGCUGUGCUAUCAAAGCCGCCAUU